AUGGCGGGAAACCCAAAUUGUCAAGAUGAGAAGAAGCUAAUUUGUGAUAGAUGUAUUGUGAUAGAAUUGGGAAAGAAGAAGUAUGAAGCCUGCUUAACUUAUUACAAUGAUCCUGCUAAGAUUAGCUAUGGAAUUAUACUUACACAUGGUGCUGGAGGGGACAUGAACCAUAAACAGCUAGUUGGUAUUGUAGAGAAAAGGAAAAGGUUUUGUCAACUACAUGAAAUUUGUAUAUUUCAGGACUAUGUAAAGGAGAAUUAUCCUCAUCUGAAGGGAUGCUUUAUUGGAGGACGUUCCAUGGGAUCAAGGGCAGCUGUUGGUGUUUGUUGUGAUUCAAAGAUGACCGAUUUUUUACAAGGUGUCAUAUGUUUAUCAUAUCCUUUACAUAAACCGAAUGACUUCAAACAGUUACGAGAUGGUCCACUUUAUGAUGUCACAAAGCCAGUCCUUUUCGUUAGUGGAACAGAUGAUAAUAUGUGUGAUCCGGAGUUGUUUUUACCUGUCCUUGAUCACAUGACCAAAAGUCAGGUGCACUGGAUUGAAGGAGGAAAUCAUGGACUUGAGAUAAAGGGAAAACCCAGUGAAGAUAUAGUUCUAGAAAUAGAUUGUGUUAUCAGAACUUUUAUACAGGAAUGUCUUUCAGAUAAACCUAAGAGAACUAAAGAACAGAUGUCUGUGAAAAAGAAAAUACAAAAAUAA